GCCCCGCCGCCCGCGAUGUCGGCCGCGGCCGUCGCGCCGAGCCCUGCGGCGCCGCUCCCGUCGGCGCCCCCGCCGUCCUACCCCGCGGCGCCCCCCGCCCCCUCCGCCGAGGACGACGACGACCUCUACGGCCGCCUCAAGUCCCUCCAGCGCCACAUGGAGUUCGUCGAGAUCCAGGAGGAGUACGUCAAGGACGAGCAGAAGAACCUGAAGCGCGAGCUGCUGCGCGCGCAGGAGGAGGUCAAGCGGAUCCAGUCCGUGCCGCUCGUCAUCGGCCAGUUCAUGGAGAUGGUCGACGGCAACAACGGCAUCGUCGGCUCCACCACCGGCAGCAACUACUACGUGCGCAUCCUCAGCACCAUCAACCGCGAGCUGCUCAAGCCCUCCGCCUCCGUCGCCCUGCACCGCCACUCCAACGCCCUCGUCGACGUGCUGCCCCCCGAGGCCGACUCCAGCAUCUCGCUCCUCGCCUCGUCGGAGAAGCCCGACGUCCUGUACUCGGACAUUGGAGGAUGUGAUAUCCAAAAACAAGAAAUUCGGGAGGCAGUUGAGCUACCAUUGACACACCAUGAAUUGUACAAGCAGAUUGGUAUUGAUCCACCAAGAGGGGUGCUGCUCUAUGGUCCUCCAGGCACUGGCAAGACCAUGCUUGCUAAAGCUGUGGCGCAUCACACUACUGCUGCUUUUAUCAGAGUGGUUGGUUCAGAGUUUGUGCAGAAGUACUUGGGUGAGGGCCCAAGGAUGGUUCGAGAUGUAUUCCGCUUAGCUAAAGAGAAUGCCCCGGCUAUAAUAUUCAUUGAUGAGGUUGAUGCUAUAGCCACUGCUCGAUUCGAUGCUCAGACCGGGGCUGACCGAGAAGUUCAGCGUAUUCUGAUGGAGCUACUGAAUCAGAUGGAUGGAUUUGAUCAAACAGUGAAUGUGAAGGUUAUAAUGGCAACCAAUCGGGCAGAUACUCUAGAUCCUGCUCUGUUGCGUCCAGGAAGACUGGACAGGAAAAUCGAGUUCCCCCUGCCGGACCGGAGGCAGAAGAGGCUUGUUUUCCAAGUUUGUACUGCUAAGAUGAACUUGAGUGACGAGGUUGAUUUGGAAGAUUAUGUCUCCAGACCUGAUAAAAUCAGUGCUGCUGAUAUCACUGCUAUUUGCCAGGAAGCUGGCAUGCAUGCUGUCCGCAAAAAUCGGUAUGUUAUCCUCCCCAAGGACUUCGAGAAGGGUUACCGAACCAACGUCAAGAAGCCUGAGUCAGACUUUGACUUCUACAAAUGAGGCAGCAAACUUUUAAAGAGGAUGCUUUAUUUCCUACAGGCGACAUGAUUAACACUCUAGAUGAAUUUGUGGAUAGUCGCCUGAUAGUAAUAUCGUUGUAUCCCCGUGCUCGUGUAGUUUGCACGUUCAGUCUCACCAGUGUUGUUAAGCUACUUGUCUGUACAAUUCCUUCCUAAAGUUUCGCUUGACCAUUUUGCGCUUUUGGAGGCUGUGAUUUGUCUUCCAAAGGAGAAUCGAGUACCCCCUUUUCGUUCUUAAAGUUUAAAGUGCAUUAAUCUUUUUGAU